AGUGUCAUGUCAAUUGUCAAUUGUCAUCUAAUGUAACCUAAAAACAAACAACUUAGAAAACUGAAAAUUAGCAAUCAAAAUUAAACACUAAUUUCAAUAUUAAAAGUAUUAUUGAUUUGCAUAUAAAAAUGAGAUUAAAUCCUGUUCUUUUUACGGCGCCUUCAAGCAAAAACGCAAGAAGGCCUCAACGAGAACCUGUUCCUUUUCAAAUGCUUUUACCUCUUCGACUGAAGAAGACCGUGUCUGGUAAAGGAGAUAAAGUCAAAGAGGCCGCUUGUAUGCAAGAAAUGGCAGUUAUGUUUGCUUGCUUCAAAAAAGCAGAGUUCGAUCAGCAACAGUGCUUGAAAGAGGUGUCAUCAUUUCAAUCUUGUUAUAAAGAUUACAACGAACGUGCCAAGCUCCAGAGAGAACAAGGCAGGAAAGGUAUUCUUGUUCCUGGUGAAAAGAAUUUGACACAUAGACAAUUGAAUCAACUUUUAAAAUCCUUCCCUCCCAAAGUGUAAACAUGUAGCUUUUAUUUUAAAUAGUGUAAAUAAAUUAUUAUUAGAGAAUGAUGGUAA